CUUCAAUCCAUUUCAUCCCCCACAGAAAAGAAACAAAAGAGAAGAAAUGGCUGGUCCCUCCUCUCAUCCAAAAACUCUCCACCUUCCUCUUCAGACCAGUUCCUCCCUGAAAUCAGCUUCAUCUUCUGCUCAACUGACUUCCUCCAAGCUCAAAACCAUACUCCAAUCCUUCAUCUUCUCACACUUGUACCGCAUUGUUCGUGCCCUCACCAAAGCAAAAUCCAUUGUCAUUCAAGUUCUCAAAGAUAUUCAGCUGCUUCAGUUCAUUCAACUGUCCGUGAAAAAGAACAGCAAGAAUCUCAAGAACAAGCUGUUUCUGGGCUCAUUUAGGAUGCAUUAUAACUGGUGUUCUUCUCAUGUCGUGCCUGCCCCCAUGCCUAAGCUUGAAGGCUACUACUCAUCCAAAGAUUGGUACUAUGAUUCCUCGUGGAACACUUGCGAAAUCCCAUCAACAGAUUCUUGUGAAGGACUCAUUGGAGGUGCUCCAGAUUCGUCUUCGCAGCUUGCAGGAUAUCUCAAAUGGCUUGAGGAGAGAAAGGAUCGUAACAAUCAUGAUCAGGGCAAUGAAAUUGACAUGCUGGCUGAUAUGUUCAUUGCUAAUAGCCAUGAGAAGUUCAGGUUGGAGAAACAAGAGUCCUACAGGAGAUUCCAAGAGAUGAUGGAUAGAAGCAUGUCAUGAACUGAAUUUAUCUAAUUGAAGCAGGAAUCUGUAACUCUUUCUUCUUCCUUUUUUUUUUUUUGGCCUGUGUCCUUUUGUUUUUUUUUUUUUUUUCACUCCUCAAAAAAAAAAAAAAUACUAUGGGGCAAGGAUACGACGAUAUAUAUAUAAUGGGUUGCCUUUUGGCUGGA